GUCAGUUUGCUGCCACACUGCAUCCGUCUCGCACAGUUGGACAUUUUUCGUGUAUAAAAUCAAGCAAAAAUACGAAUUAAGACGAAACCGUGUUUAUCUUUGGCAUGCAAGCGGCUCUAGCCCCGGCGUUCCGAUUUCAAAUAACUAGUGCAAGUACCAUUAUUAAAGUUGCAAAGAGCACAAAACCAACAACUGCGUGCACAGACACAUUGUAAAAGAACAAAAAAAGAGUGAAGACAACGCGGUGCCGUUCGUUGUUGGCAUGUUACGUGUUUUUUCGGCAUUUCUAGCUUCCUUUUCGCUUCCUUUCUCCUUUAUUUUGUUGUUGCCGCCUUAAUUUUUGUUCCUGUGACCGCUGUGAUUGCAACGCAACAAAUACAACAACAAAAGGCUGAACGCAGGACGAUACCGCGUGCACGGAGGCGAGGCAACAACACACACACGCGGACAAAACUCACAACUACAAUCGCAUUGCAGUCCGCCCUCCGCCGCACCGCGCGCCCAUCACAAAUCGUGUUGAAAUUUAUUGCGGAGUAUUUUUCGCUGCAUUUGCUGACUGGCUGGCCGCCCAUCGGUUUGCUUCCUUUCGCACACACCGCCGCGCUUCAGCUCCACGGUCCCAAAAGCGAGCAAUAAGAGCGAACAGCAGAAGAAGCAGUAGAAACUGUAAAAAAAAACAGCAAAGACGUUGGCGAAGAGGAGUUGGAGUUAAAAAACAAACAAAAGAACGGACAGAAGAAGCCCUCGGAGAAAAAAAAAAGUGGGAAAACGCGUGUGCCUAGUGCGGUUGCACAUUUUUUUUUCGUGCUUGACAACAACAUUAAUAGUGGCAGCAGACGUCAAACAGCAAAGACGACGAAACAACAGUUAACUGAAGCAAUUGAAGAAACAUCACAAUGACAUCAAAAAAGCGCAAAACCCCCUUUGACGACGACGACGAUAUUGAUGAGGACGAUUCAGGCUCUGAUUUUGAUGAUGACGAGGAUCCAGAUCUAAUAGAAGUGCCCGGUGGCGGUCGCGAUCUAAACACUGCUGUUACCUACGCCCAAAACAUACGCAGCGGAGUGGGCGUGACCAAGGGCCAAGCACCUACCCCUCCUACAGCUGCGUCUGGCUUACCCACAAUAACCAACAAUUCCACCGUUGCCCCGAAAAUUGUUAUAUCCCAGAAUAAUAUUAAACCGAUAUCGCUGUUACGCAUCAACAAUAAUAACAACAACAUCAUCAGUGGCAGCAGCAGCAACGGUAAUAAGAUAAUAACAACAAUAACAGGCGGAGGAGCGGCAACGCUGGUAAAGGGAACGCCAGGAGUGGUGGGUACAGGAGCGGUAACAGGAGGCGUAACCACAGCGGCGACAGCGAAAAUAGGAGGCGUGACUUUGGGCGGAAAGAUCACACCGAUACCGACGGUAAUAGCCCGGAAAGUGGGAGGAGGAGGACUAGAGAAUAGCCUAAACAAUAUGCCAAAGAAACUGAAUAAUGCGAUAACGGCCAUGGGCAGUCCCGCCGCAAGGAGCAGCAGCAGCAGCAACAGCAGCAGCAGCAGCGGCUUUGGGUCAGGUGGUGGAUCCAAUACCACCAGCAAUUACCUGAACAGCCUGAGCACCAACGAACUGAUGAAUUUGGCCGCCUAUGUGGCUGCCAAGGGCAGCAGUUCACCAUUACCCCCGCCACCGUCUACAGCCGCCAAUUCUGUGCGGAAUUCACCUGGCGCUGGCGGUGCCUUCUUUGACGGCAUAAGAGGAGGAGGAGGAGGAGCGACCACAUCAGCCUCUGCUGCUAAUUUUAAUAUGGCCGCGUCUUUAUUGGCGCAGAUGAGCUAUGGAGGUGGCGUAGGUGCCAUACGGCCAUACAAGGUGACCGCAGGAGCACCAGGAACCGCCAUUGUUGGCAACACCGCCAACAAGCAGCAGCAGCCAACAGCAGCUGGAGGAGGAGGAGCAUCACCAGCUGGUGGCAUGAAGGGCAACGUCACCAUGAUGGAGGCCGUGCGCAAGCUGAUCGCCUUGAAUCCCCAAUACCUGACAAGCGGCAUACCAAAUGAUGCAAUCCAGCUUUUCUUGCAAACGACGAACCAAAGGGCACAGACGACGCCAACGAUGUCGCAGAUGCCGGUGACGGCCAGUGCCGCGGCAGCAGCAGCAGCGGCAGCGGCAGCCCAUGCCUCAGCCGUCGCCUUUGGCCAGCAGGAGGAGGACGAGGUGGACUACGAGGAGAUGGGAGUGGCUGAAACCUAUGCCGAUUAUUGGCCAGCCAAAUUGCGCCUGGGCAAAAAGCAUCCCGAUGCCGUGGUGGAGACCGCCUCCCUUAGCUCCGUGGAGCCCUGUGAUGUCUAUUAUCGUCUGGAUAUACCACAGGAGACGAUCAAUAGCGGGCAGCUUAGCGCUUUGCAAUUGGAAUCCAUAACGUAUGCCUCCCAGGCCCAUGAUCAUCUCCUGCCCGACGGCAGUCGUGCGGGUUUCCUAAUUGGAGAUGGUGCUGGUGUGGGCAAGGGACGCACUAUUGCCGGCAUCAUCUAUGAGAAUUUCCUGAAGGGCAGAAAGAAGGCUUUGUGGAUAUCCGUGUCUAAUGAUCUCAAAUACGAUGCUGAGCGCGAUCUGGCCGAUAUAGGAGCCACGCGGAUCUCUGUCCAUGCGUUAAACAAGUUCAAAUACGCCAAGAUCAGUUCGCAGGUGAACAACAAUUGCAAGCGCGGCGUCAUCUUUAGCACUUACUCGGCGCUGAUUGGUGAAUCGAACAACAAGACGGGCAAGUAUCGUUCACGCUUUCGCCAGCUGUUGCAGUGGUGCGGCGAGGAUUUUGAGGGUUUGAUCAUCUUUGAUGAGUGUCACAAGGCCAAGAAUCUGUGCCCAGUGGGUUCCGGGAAGCCCACCAAGACAGGUCAAACUGUGUUGGAGCUGCAACAGAAGCUGCCCAAGGCUAGGGUGGUGUAUGCCUCUGCCACGGGUGCCUCGGAGCCCAAGAAUAUGGCGUACAUGGUGCGUUUGGGUUUGUGGGGACAGGGCACAGCCUUUGGUGGCUUCAAUGACUUUAUCACAGCUGUGGAGAGACGUGGCGUUGGCGCCAUGGAGAUUGUGGCCAUGGACAUGAAACUGCGCGGCAUGUAUAUAGCCCGACAGCUAAGCUUCAAGGGCGUCAGCUUUAGGAUCGAGGAAGUGCCUCUCACCAAGGAGUUUCGCAAGAUCUAUGAUCAAUCCGUGGAGCUUUGGGUGGAGGCCAUGCAAAAGUUCACCGAGGCGGCGGAACUCAUUGAUGCCGAGAGCCGCAUGAAGAAGACCAUGUGGGGACAGUUUUGGUCAUCGCAUCAGCGUUUCUUCAAGUAUCUGUGCAUUGCCGCCAAGGUCAAUCAUGCCAUUCUGGUGGCCCGCGAGUCCAUCAAGUAUGGCAAGUGUGUGGUCAUUGGUUUGCAGUCGACGGGCGAGGCUCGGACCUUGGAUCAAUUGGAGCGGGAUGAUGGCGAGCUAACUGAUUUUGUGUCCACAGCCAAAGGCGUCUUUCAGUCCUUUGUGGAGCGUCACUUUCCAGCACCGGAUCGCAAUAGAAUCAAUCGCAUUCUGGGCCUCUACGAUGACUCCUCCUCGCCGCUGGAGUCGUCUUCCUCCUCCAACAACAACAAUAGCUCUGCCAUGGCAGGCAGCAAGCGUAAGGGUGUGGGGUCUACCAAUGGCAAGGCGGCCAAGAAGCUCAAGAAACGCAGCAGCGGCAGUGAUAGCGAUGAGGAUACAGAUACCACUAGCAGAAAGCAAAAGCGUAGAAAGAACAGUGACAGCGACGAUGGACACAAUAGUGAUAAUGCUGCCGCCUUUCGCAGCAGCGAUGCCGAGGAGGAUGACGAUGAUGAGGAGAAUGAAGAGACCGAUGAGGAUGAGGACGAAGACGAGGAUAGUGAUGAUCAUCAUGGGGCCGAUAGCGAUGUGGCCAGCGAUGCCAGUUCCGAUUUCAAUCCCUUCUUCAGUGGCAGCGACAGUGACAUUGAUCCCUGGGUAAAUGCACGUAGCAAAAAGUCCUCCUCCGCCAAAAAGGUAACCAAGAAGAAGACCAAAAAGAAGGUGAAAAAGGAAACCAAAAGCAAGAAGGAGAAGGAUACAGAGGCCACCUCCUCUUCAGCCAAGACAAGUACCACCACCACCGAUGCCAUGUCCGCCGCUGUGGCCGCUGCUUUAAAUGCCGCCAAAACUCGAAAAUCCCAGCUAUCCACGCAGGACAAAAUCCAGGAUCUUUUGCAAAAGAAGCAAGAGCUCAAGGGCACUGUAACCCCCAUUGGGGUAAAUGGUGUCAAGAUGAACUAUGGGCCACCGCCCAAGGAUGCCAUCGAGCGUGCCUGCACCAUGAAGGAGGAACUUUUGCGUAAAAUUGAACGUUUAGGCUCUCGCCUCCCACCAAAUACGCUCGAUCAGUUGAUCGAUGAGCUGGGUGGCCCCGACAAUGUGGCCGAGAUGACGGGCCGUCGUGGUCGCGUGGUGCAAAACGAUGACGGUUCCAUACAGUACGAGUCACGCAUUGAAUCUGAUGUGCCGCUGGAAACGCUAAAUAUCACGGAAAAGCAACGCUUUAUGAAUGGCCAAAAGGAUGUGGCCAUUAUUUCAGAGGCAGCCUCCAGUGGUAUCUCUCUCCAAAGCGAUCGUCGUGUGUUUAAUCAGCGGCGUCGCGUGCACAUUACGCUGGAGCUGCCCUGGUCAGCCGAUCGGGCCAUACAGCAGUUUGGACGCACACAUCGUUCCAAUCAGGUCAAUGCCCCCGAGUACAUCUUCCUCAUCUCGGACCUGGCCGGCGAGCGACGCUUUGCCUCCACGGUGGCCAAACGUUUGGAAUCGCUGGGUGCCCUCACCCAUGGCGAUCGUCGUGCCACCGAGACCCGUGAUCUCUCCCAAUUCAACAUAGACAACAAAUACGGCCGCCAGGCUCUCGAAACAGUGAUGCGUACAAUAAUGGGCUAUGAGACGCCUCUGGUGCCACCGCCCACGGAUUACAGUGGCGAGUUCUUCAAGGACAUUGCCGGGGCCUUGGUGGGCGUGGGCAUAAUCGUGAAUAGCGAGAGUCAUCCUGGAGUGCUCAGCCUGGACAAGGACUACAAUAACAUAUCAAAGUUUCUCAAUCGCAUCCUUGGCUGUCCGGUGGAUCUGCAGAAUCGUUUGUUUAAAUACUUUACCGACACCAUGACGGCCAUCAUACAGCAGGCGAAGCGUGGCGGUCGCUUUGAUCUGGGCAUAGUUGACUUGGGUGCUGCUGGGGAGAAUGUUACCCGCGUGCGUCUCAUACGAUUUGUGCGGAAACAUGCCACUGGAGUGGCGCCCACAGAGCUGCAUACGGUGCGGGUGGAACGCGGCAUGAUCUGGCAGGAGGCCAUGGAUAAAUAUGCCGAUCUCUUUAAUGAGAAUGAGGGCUUCUAUCUCUCCCAUCAGUUGCGCAAUCAAAAGCGCACUGCCAUCAUGGUGGUGAUCUUGCCCAGCAAUUCCACAAAUAGUGGUAGCAGCAGCAGCAGCACCACCGGAGAUUCUGAUAAUCUCAAAAAGAAGAAGGCGUCGCGCAGCAAAAAGGAGAUCAUGUGCCAGAUCUACAGACCCAAUACGGGGCUUCAAGUGCGUCAUGAGUCGCUGUUUGAGCUGGAGAAGAAGUAUCGCAAGGUGCAAAUGUCGGAGGCGGAGCCACAUUGGACAGAGCAGUACGAUGCCUCGGUGAAUACAUGCUCGCAUGCAUAUUGGAAUGGCAAUUGCCGGAAUGUGAGCCUGGGCAAUGAUUGUGAGGUGGGCUUGCGUCAGCGCUUGUACCAUGUCCUGGCCGGCUCUGUGCUCUCCGUUUGGGGUCGCGUUGAGCAUAUACUGAAUACACGUUCCAAUAGCAAAAUGCAGGUGAUACGCAUGAAGACCACAGACGAUGAGAAAAUUGUGGGCACUCUGAUACCCAAGUCGUGCUUCGAGACGUUAAUGAAUGAUCUGCGCAGCGAUUCCGAGAAGCAAGAGGAGUUCAACUACUGAGCGUGUGAUUUUUGCUGCUAAUUCGUAUCCUUCCAGAGAGAGAUAUAUAUAAAUAUAUAUAAAUAAUAAUUUAACUAGGCUUUAAGUUAGACAUACAUAGCGUAUAUAUAUGUAAAUGGACACAGCAAGAAGUGAAGAGCGGAUGAGAAAAAGCCACAAUAACCUUUGUUUUUCCUUGAAAACACCAAGAUAUUGUAAACCAGACGAGGAAUAUCAAGAAAAAGAAAGAAAAACAGCAGAAAAACAAAAAAUGUAAUGUGAAAUGAAAACGCUUAUUAAAAUGGACUUUUCUCAAUGAUUUCUCUACGAUUAAUUCUAGUUACGAGUUAUGUUUAAAAACCACUGAAUAAACCGCCACCCUUGUAAACUA